AUAUGAAUUAUUAUUGAAACUUAUUAUAAGAAUCAAAAUAAAUUUAAGUUAAAUAAUUAAAAUACUAAGCGAACAGUUUUCGCUUAACAGCAAGAAUCUUACGAAAAUGCCGUUAGACGUACAAGGAACUUUUGUUUCGCAAAAAAUAAACAAAGUUCGUUGGAUACCCGAGGAUUACGUUGAAACAAAACAUUUUUUCACUGGAAGUUGGGACGACGAUGUCAACUCAAUCAAAGUGUGGACUCUCGAAAGCCAAAAUGAAGACGAUGAAGCUGAAUAUCCACGAGAAUUGUCUGCAUACAAGGUUGAAGGAGAUGUUACCCAGAUCAGGUUUUUGGACAAAACCAACAUAGCAGUGUCAAUAUCUAAUGGAGAUGUUAAAAUUAUCAAUGUUAGUGCCUACGACAGGCAAAUUCCACUCCGAGAAAUAAAUUGUUGGAAGAAAAUACAUAAUUUUGGGGAAGAAGUGUGUUCAUGUACAUCUCUAGACACAAUGGAAGGAGAAUUAGCAAGUAUCGGAGAAGAUGGACAGAUCAACAUUUACAGUACUAGGAGAGGAGAGGUGUCUCGCACCAUCAAAGAGGCUGACAGCUGUUCCUUACAUUCCAUCUGCUUUUUAAAGCUCAAUGAGGUUAUAACAGGAAAUCUAAGAGGUCAUAUGAAAAUCUGGGACAUUAGGUCAUCCAACGACAAGCCAGCAGCUUCCUUUCUUCUUUCCGGAGAUGAUUUAGCAGCAAACUGUAUAAUCCGCCAUCCCACUCAGCCUCAUAUUAUUCUCGCUGGCAGUGAGUCCGGUGCUAUCGCACUUUGGGAUCUCCGCAUGAACCAGUUUCCAACGUCCUUAUUAAACGCACACGCAGCCGGUGUCACCGAAAUGGAAUUCCAUCCAGAGAAUCCAAACAAAAUGCUCUCCAGUUCUGUUUCAGGGGAAGUUUGGGAAUGGAACAUGGAGAACUUGACAAAGAAGGGUGUGGAUGAGUUUAUGCCAUUGGAAGACAAGAAUACAAUGAAUGUUAAUGCUUUGAUGCCUAUUUUACAUAAAGCAAUCAAUACUCUGCACUGUGAUAAAGGAAGAAUUCUGUGUGGCGCUGACAACGAGGCAGUGUAUUUGAUCAAGAAUUUCAAGUAUUAGUUUUAUAAAUCGUUUGAUCUGCAGAGGAAAAUGCUGGACAUUGUAAGCUUGUGUUGUGAAAAAGGUAUAUCAACUAAAGUUUUGCCAUUUUUGUAAACUUUAAAAGUUCUUAAGUGUAAAGCGAUGAGAUAAUACUAGAAAAUAAAGUUACACAAUUUUCAUA